UCAUUUGGCACUUGUGUUUGUAUUGUGUGUGCUGUACACCAAUGCAGCAGAGAUACAAGAAAUAAUCUACGGUGGGGAUGAAGUGUCAAUAACUGAAGUACCUUAUAUGGCACACCUAAAACUUAUAAUUGAUUACCAAACACACGUACUGUGCGGCGCAAGUAUCAUAAACAGCCGAUUCCUCUUGUCCGCAGCCCACUGUUUUCUUGGAACAUCAUUAAUGAAAGUUGAAGUCUACGUUGGUACUGACAAAAAGUUUCAAGGUCGGUAUUACGAAAUGGAAAAAGUAUUCACUCCAAAUAAUUACAACCCAUAUACAAAUGAUAAUGAUAUUGCCGUGUUAAAAUUAAAAGAACCAUUGGUUUUCAACGAGAGAGUGCAACCAAUUGCAGUGGCUGACGUAAAUAUGAAGUUUGAUGCAGGCGAUAAUAUGAUGACAAUGGGCUAUGGAAAGACACCGGAUGGAAGUAUAUCAUCAACAUUGUUAAAAGUAAACGUAAAUUACUAUGACCAGGAAACAUGCAAAGCGGUUUUAAAGAAUAAACUUCCAAUGGCUAUUACUGAUAAAAUGAUGUGUGCAGGUUUACCAGGCAAAGAUGCUUGUCAGGGAGACAGUGGUGGUCCUUUAGUGUACAACAAUAUUCAAGUAGGAAUUGUCUCCUUCGGUGCUGAAUGUGGAAAAUAUCCUGGAGUGUACACUAGAAUUUCUGCAUUGAGGAAUUUUAUUGAUGAAGUUAUAUCUCAAAAUUAA